CAGCUGGUCACACUGCCACUCAGACCCACAUUGGUAUAUCGAUAGGGCCCGAUAGGCCCAGACAAGUAAGUUUUGGUAAAUAUGUGAUGAUUUUAAACGACACACAACAAACGAGCACCUAAACGACCCGAAAACCGAGAGGUCAGCGCCAGGAGGCCCAAUUGGAGGCCGCGCGGAAGACCACGUCAACGCACACGCAAAUAGAACCCAGAUCCCACACAGAAACAACAACGCACCCACCCAACCGCACACAGAAUGUAUUGCCUACAAUGCCUGCUGCCCGUACUUCUGAUACCGAAACCCACAAAUCCAGCCCUAAUGGAAACCCACGUGAUGUUCAUAGUCCUAUACCUGGUCGGAUUCUUCCUGGAACGAAAGCCCUGCACCAUCUGCAGCCUCGUAUUCCUCACAGCCGUAUCUCUGAUAUGCUACAGUGGCGUCGGGAACUGCAUCUUUUGGGGCAACUGCGAGGGCCAUCAAUGCGAGAAUGGCUAGAGGGUCAUUAUCAUCGCGCCGCUUAUCGGUCACCUAUUCGAAAAUGAACCCCCAGUAGUCAUAGUCAACGAAGAUAAAGUGCUAAUAAUAACUACCUUUUUACGGAAUUACGUUCGCGUUGUUACAGCUUUACAUCCUAGCAGAUCGGAGAAAGUCAGAAGAGCAGGCGGAGUUAAGGGAUUAAGGAUAGCUUGACUAAAUCGGUGAAAUCAAGUGAUCAGUGAUACAAGUGAUGAGUGAGUCCGACCAGGAACAAAGAUUGUGUGUCUAGUAGACCCAUUGCAUUAUUUCCAGCUCCGUAUAUAUUUCCCUCAUAAUUCUUUUGGUUAUGAAGUGUAUUGUAUUCAAGCGUGUUUUGUUUUAAAAGCUUAGACGAAUUUAGUUUUAACGAAGAAAGCGCUACGAAAACGUAUUGUA